UUGAGUAGUGGUAACUUUAUUUCUGAAUAAGACAAAACAAUUUAUUGAAAAAAUUGAAAUAAAGUGAUAUUUCAGUGUGAUUUUUGUAAAUAUUAUCUUUAUGUGAUUAAAGCGUUUGCAGAAAUACAUAAUAUGUAAUAAUUUCAUUGUGAUACUUAAAGCUUAAGGAAAUACGUGCCGAUUAAAUAUCUCAUCUUUGCAAACAUCAAUCGUUUCUUCAAUAUGGCUGCCGCCGGACUACGUUUGUCACAGAGAACUGUUUAUAGCGGCUUAUACAGGGUUUACAGAAAUUUUGUUAAUGUAAUUUAUUGGGAUAUGUCAAAUGUUUUAACUUAUUUAAGCCGUUGUUAAAGUAAUUAUCAUAACCCCUCUAAGAAGACUGAAUAUCAAUAUAUAUUAAUAUAUAUUAUAUCAAAACAAGGAAUUGGCGUCCGAAAGUUAGUGCAGUGCUGUGAAAAAAAUUGUGUUGAUUUUUUAUUUAAGUUAAGUAAUUGUAUUUGGAUUCGUGUUUGGCCCGCGAUGUCGCAGUAUGAGCGGACGAAAUGAGCCCGCCGUACCUAUCGGAGCAACAUCAACAUUACCACUCAUGGGCGUGGAACGCGGUAAUAGUUGCGGCGGAGGUGGGGGCGGGGGUGGUGUCGGAGAUGAGACGAUCAACGGCGUGGCGGCGCCUGAGCGUGCUGAUGAACCGCCGCGCAAGAGAACCAAACUACUCGCUACCGAUGACGUUUCUACGCUCCGGAAGCGAGUACUCGAGUAUAAACUACUCAGGCUGAAGAACCUGCGCGAUAGGUUCACGGAGCAACUGAGCGAGCUGUACUUCCUUCAGGCGGGCGGUAACAUGAUGGAUUAUGCGGCGUGGCGAAAGAGACCCCCUGCUCCGCAGCUAGUAGCCUUCCUAGAAGCACGGCGACCUCCACCCGCUGCUCCACCGCCCCCAGAGCCACCCCCCGUACCCGUUACACUGCCGCCUACCGUCGCCGUCAUCUCGUCUUGCUCUCCACAAACGCCAGCUGUUCCCGUAGUCAUAGCUCCUGUCACUUCCACUACUCCGGCCGCAGACGAAAUGGUCGAAAAGGCCAAACAAGAAGCUUAUGUUGCGGCUCGUGUAGCGGAGCUAGCUCGCGCGGGUCUUUGGACGGAGCGGCGCCUUCCACGUGUCCUUGAGCCUCCUCGUCCGAAGACACACUGGGACUACCUACUCGAAGAAAUGGCAUGGCUCGCACAGGACUUUGCACACGAACGCAAGUGGAAAAAACAAGCUGCCAAAAAGUGUGCUCGUGCUGUACAAAAAUAUUUUCAAGAUAAAGCUGCAGCUGCUCAGAAAGCAGAGAAAGCCCAAGAAUUACAAUUAAAAAAAAUUGCUGCUUUUGCAGCCAAAGAAAUAAGAAUGUUUUGGACGAAUGUUGAAAAGUUGGUGGAAUGGAAGCGCGUGCGACGUGUCGAGCGAGCGCGCAAGGAAGCUCUCGAUGAGCAGUUGAGCUACAUCGUGGACCGCACCGAGCGCUACUCGCGCCAGCUCGCCGCCAACCUGGGCGCGCCCGCCGCGCCCGCCGCGCCCGCGCUCAGCCACGCGCCCGACACGCCGCCCUCCGACGACGAGUUCCAGCCGCGCGGGGACUCCGACGACGACGAGGAGACCAUCGCCGCCGCCGAGCGGGAGGCUGCGGACGACGCCGCCGACCAUCGGGACGAAAUCGAGGCUCUCCGGCGAGAGUCGCAUCUCGAUCUCGGGGACCUUUUGCCGCCCGGCUACUUACCCGCACACUCGCCUCCGCCCUCUGACUACGGCCCCGACGAUGAUUCCGCCGACGACGAAGAUACCAUCGCCGAACAGGAGCAGAACGAGCGACCCGAGGACGCCGCUGCCGAAAUUGCAGCGCUUAAGGACGAGGCCGAUCUCGAUAUAAACGAACUAGUUCGGCGCUAUGCGGGUGCAGCCCCGCCGGUGACGGAAACUAGCGAACACUCUUCGGACACGGAGGUAGAUUCGGAUGACGACGAUAAUUCCGAAUCUGCUAGUGUGGGGUCCUCUGCGUCGGAGCAGCUCGAAGCUUUAAUGGAGACGAAAGAGGCGAGCACGAUGGAGGGAUUGCAAGAAGGUGACGGCGCGGUCGGGGCGGAAGGGGCGGACGGCGAGCAGCGCGUGGAGGCGGCCGCGUCGUUGGCGGCGACGCUGCAGCCGACGGGGAACACACUGUCGGAAACUGUGGUGGGCACGCCGGUCCCGAGACUUCUGCGACAUUCACUGCGCGAAUAUCAACACGUGGGUUUGCAUUGGUUAGCCACCAUGCAUACGCGGCGUCUCAAUGGAAUUUUGGCCGACGAGAUGGGCCUCGGCAAGACCAUCCAAACGAUCGCGCUGCUAGCGCAUCUCGCGCUCGAACACCACGACUGGGGGCCGCAUCUCGUCGUCGCGCCUACGUCAGUUGUACUAAAUUGGGAGAUAGAAUUCAAAAAGUGGUGUCCGUCUUUUAAGAUUCUCACAUAUUAUGGCACGAUAAAGGAACGAAAACUAAAACGAGUCGGUUGGACAAAAGCGAACUCUUUUCAUGUGUGCAUAACGUCUUACAAGCUUGUGGUGCAGGACCAUCAAAGUUUUCGUAGAAAAAAAUGGAAAUAUCUCAUUCUCGACGAAGCUCAAAAUAUAAAAAACUUCAAAUCUCAGAGGUGGCAGAUGUUACUGAAUUUUCAAACAGAAAGGCGACUGUUGCUGACGGGCACACCGCUGCAGAACAGCCUGCUGGAGCUGUGGUCGCUGAUGCACUUCCUGAUGCCGGACGUGUUCGCGUCGCACACGGAGUUCCGCGAGUGGUUCGCGCCCGUGGCCGGCAUCGCCGACGGCUCGCACCGCUACAGCGACGCGCUCGUGCGCCGUCUGCAUGAGGUACUUCGGCCAUUCCUGUUGCGGCGACUCAAGGCGGAUGUGGAGCGACAGAUGCCGCGGAAGUAUGAGCACGUCUUGCUUUGUCGCCUGUCCAAGCGGCAACGCUUCCUCUACGACGACUUUAUGUCACGUGCUAAAACAAAGGAGUGCCUCGCGUCUGGAAAUCUGCUGAGCGUGAUCAACGUGCUUAUGCAGCUUCGAAAGGUGUGCAACCACCCCGACCUCUUUGAGCCUCGGCCCGUGGCUUCGCCGCUGCAGUUGACCGCACUGCGGUACCGCAUACCGGCGCUCACUCUUAUCACUGAUAUCGUGGAUCGAGUGCAAUUCUCCGCUCGCCUCGGCGGAGACCUCGCUUCGCUCGAGGUUGAGGGCGCGGGUGCUUUUGCCGCACAUCGUGCGAGACAUCUCGCCCCGCCGCGCAGACUCGUAGAGGAACUGCCCGACACGCCACGAGUGGUGCCACCUCGCCCGCCUCCCGCGGCAUUACGGUUGCACCUUCGACUGGUUCCGAGAACGCCGCCGACUCUGCGCGUGCCCCCCGCCGCGCCACUCGUAGCUUCGGGUCCCGUCCACGCGUCUACGGCUCGCGCGACUGUCAACGCUGCCCCGCCGCCCGCUACAGCGCAAACUGCGCGAGGCGCGAGCGCACGUCUCGAGAUGCACCGCCGCUCUUGUCUGCGUCGCCUCGCUACUGUCAAUGAGCGUCGCUGCUGGCGUCUACCACUGUUCGGAGCGGACUUGCGAGAGGCCGUGUGCGCGGGACCGCCGGCUGUUCCUCCCCGGAAUCUGAACGUUCUUUUAGAUGAAAUGCAUGACAUUAUCGAUAGAUUUGGAAUAUGCUGGGCGUCGUGCCGCGCGUCCGCGGUGCAGGUGGCGAGCGGCGCGGGCGCGGUGUGCGGCGCGGCGGGCGCGCGCGACUGGCGCCGCCGCGUCGCCGCCGUGGAGUCGGCUGCGCUGGCGCCCGCGCGGGCCGUGCUGGCGCUGCUGCACGCCCCCGCCUCCCGACACGCCGUCGCCUUCCCGCACCCGCGCCUCCUGCAAUACGACUGCGGUAAACUCCAGACGUUGGACGGUCUGCUGCGGCGAUUGAGGGCGGGUGGCCACCGUGUCUUGAUAUUUACACAGAUGACGCGAGUGCUGGACGUCCUGGAAGGUUUUCUAUCGAUGCACGGCCACACUUACCUAAGACUCGACGGUGCGACGAAGGUCGACCAGCGACAACCUCUGGUCGAUCGAUUCAACGGCGAUCCUAGAAUUUUCGCUUUCAUUCUUUCGACCAGGAGCGGUGGCGUCGGGCUUAACCUGACGGGUGCCGAUUCUGUAGUUUUUUAUGAUUCGGACUGGAACCCAACGAUGGACGCACAGGCACAAGAUCGCUGUCAUCGUAUUGGUCAAACUAGAGACGUUCACGUGUAUAGACUCGUGACUGCCGCUACCGUCGAGGAAAAUAUCUUACGCAAAGCGGAACAGAAGCGAACUCUCGGUCACUUGGCUAUCGAAGAUGGGCAUUUCACUACGUCCUAUUUGCGUGCCGCAAAUAUCAAGGAAUUAUUCGGUGCUGAGGCGGAAGCCGUGAGCGACGGUGGAGACGGUGACGCGGCAGAGGGCGGCGAGCUCGAGUCGGCGUUGGCGGCGGCCGAGGACGAGGCCGACGCGGCCGCGGCGCAGGCGGCGCGCGCCGAGGCGCAGGGCGACCUGGCGGAGUUCGACGAGACCUUGCCUCUCGACGACGAGGCGCGCGACCGCUCGCACGCCGCGUCGCCGCGCGGCUCGCACGAGGACCCCGAUGCGGGAGAGUUUGCUGUACUGAUGAAACAGCUCACACCAGUGGAGAAGUAUGCUAUGCGACUUGUCGAAACUAGCGAGGCGGCUACGGAGGCAGAACGAGCCGCACUCGGUGAGAUGCGACGUCAGUUACGAGAAUGGGAGCAGGCACGUCGUGCGCUUCGAGACGAGCCCGCUAGCAUGGAACCCGAAGCAGAGCCGGAUCCCGAAUUGACUUACAGUCGCGAGGACUCGCGCGCCAAGGUGCGUGCCCGCCGUCGACGUCGAGCGCGCCUCGCCACGAAGUCACCGCCAGCGCCGCCGCCGCCGCCGUCUCCGCCGCCCUCCCCGCCUGCGCCCCCGACCGACGAGCAGGCCCCGCCCGCCCCGGAAGCCAGCUCGGCUCCCGUGUCCGCGGCGGGUGCCCCGCGCACUCGGUCGCGCGGCACGGUGCACAUUAACCUAUGGACUUUGGACGAGGCGGGCGCGGAGGGUGGCGGUGGACGGCGACGGGCGCUCCGUAACGGCACCCUCGAUUCGUGGCUCGCGGGCGCCCCCGAUAGACAGAACAAUAAAUGAUUUGACACUAUGUACACUUGCGUUUUUAUAUUUCUGACGUUCGACGUUUUGGUGCCGCUCGAUACUCGUCCGUAAAUGCUUGACCUCGCUCUCGGCUCGGUGUUCUCGCGAGAAGCCACCAAAACGGCGACACCGCCCGCGAACGUCAGGGAUAUAAGGCGUGCAAGCAUUUACGGGCGAGACCGAGCGGCGCGCCCCCGCCCCGCAGCCGCCCGGUGCCGCCCGGUGCCGCCCGGUGCCGCCCGGUACCGCCCUUCAUUUCGGAAUGCAUUGCGUUUUAAAUUAUUAUAAAAUUUUAAAGAGAUGUUCAUAAUUCUGGAAAAAAGAAUUUGCAAAAGAUUGCCAG